AUGAACGAGAGACUUCAACGCUGCAUGAGGCAACGAACGCUGCAACUAUUCAUGGUCACAGCAAUGUGCAUCGUUGGACUAGAAGGAACGAUGGUGAGACCUGGACCGGGUCUUACCCACCAACCGAAGGAUAGCGGAACCCAGCGAGACGCCCAUCCGGCGAGUGAUCCUUUGUUGCAGACUCGCAACGGCACCACGUCCGCCGCCGAACGCCAUCGGAGGCUGAUUCCCUACAUGCAGUACUACGUAACGUCGACGGCCGCACCAGCGGGAACCGAUAAUGCGGACUAUCAGCCGUCGUUCAACCAGCUCUAUAAUUAUAGGCCGAUCAACGUUCCCGUGAGGGAGCCCGUUGCUGACAUUCGGCAGAAUUAUUACACACCCAAGCACAACAAACAACACGGACAGCAGCAGGCGUACCGGCAGCAAGAGGAACCGGUACCUUAUGAGCUGCAACGACCGCAUCAUAAGCAGUACUACAGCACUCAACCGAAGCUGGUUGCCUCGACGGGGUUAAAAUCGAUCCCAUCGGUUAGUCUCAGUCCUUUCACCUUCGAGUACAACCAUCGGCAUCAGCAGAGCCCUGUGAAGGUGGUGACUGUCGGUGGGUCGUCUUCAUCCCAUUCUGCGACGUCAUACUCCGUAUUGAAUACUGCCUCCAGUGGUGAUCAUCACGGUGAACAGGGUGCUGGUGCUGAUGUAUACGAGCGGCCUAAGUAUGCUGUUAUUCCACGGGAACGCGAUCAGUACGAGCAGGUUCCACAACGGUUCCCGGCUGUUCUGCCUCAGAAGCUGUAUGGUAUCGAGGUGCACAUGAAGCAUCAGUCAGAGGAUGACACAGGACCUGAGCCACUUGCUGGGGGUAAAUAUUUCCUUCCAACUGUGGCCAGUGAAGUACCUCCAUCGGCGCGAAAACCGGCACUUUACCAAGCAGUUCCGGUGUACAAAAAGACGCGCAUCAAUCCGUUCUUGCCCUCGAACACUAUUCCCGGUCCUUUCACGCCGAUGACAGGCGCCAGCAGCAGUGGCAGUAGUAGCAGCAGUUCAUCAGGAGGAUCCAACACAGGCUCAUUGAGCUCUUCUCACCAGCUCGAUCUAGCUGGGCACAGCGAAUCGGCAGGUGGAGCAGUUUCGUACAUCAAGAGCACAGUAACAGAAUCACCAGUGGCGGUAUAUUCGUCAUACGACCACGGCAGUCCCGUCCAGGAUAUUCGCACCCAUGGAGAUGUGGCGUCAGCUCCAUACCUGGUGUUGAAGACCGUGCCGAAGUUUUACUACGAAAAACCAAGGAUCCCAGUAGUAACGCCGAGUCCGGCGCCCUACCAGGUGUUCUACAAGGAAAAACCUAGUGAAGGACGUAAGCACCACUCCAACCACAGCGCAUAUUCAAGACCGCGGAUUCCCGGAGUGGUCCCGGUGAGGGUAAUUGCCGUUGAUCCCCACAACCAACCCAACGAAGGUCAUCCAGAGCAAUCGAAUGCUCCCUACUAUACAAUGGGGCAACAGCUGUACAAGGUGCAGGAAUCGGCAGCGCCUAGCAAGGGCCAGUCGUUACCGCCUCCUCGCCAGCAUUUAACUGAAACUGUCCUGCCUCAGAAGACGGUGGUAUCUGAUGGACUUGGCAAGCUCCCGCCAGCGGCGGGUCAGUACUUCCUUGGGCAGAACUACAAGGUCUACAAGGUCCCGGUGAAGCCUCACGUAGUGGCUCCGGAGCCUUCAUAUCAGUACGCGCAUCCCCAGAUGGUCGCAACGAUUUCUAGCACUACUCCUAGGCCGUUGGCCUUUUCGACAACUCCUGUCUCAACCGUCGGACCUCCUGUGCACGAAUCACCCUCGUACCCGGUGUACCACCAUCAUCACUCUCAUGCGAAACAGCCUCGACAUAACCGAACGGAGUACGCCAACCGACAGCGGUUCUACCCGCAAUCGAUGCGCCAUCCGAACCAACAUAAACCACGGCCUAUUCCGUUAGUUACGGUUGACGAGCGGGAACAGGACCUUCCAUUGCCAGCGGGUACUGCUACCGGCUCUUUGUCAGACUUGCUGAAGAACUUGCAGGACAGCAACCUGCUGCCGAAAACGCUCACCCCAGACAACAUCGACAACUCCAUCCGGACGCUGGUGAAGAUCCUGAACAACCUGAAAGCGAACGGUCAACAUCAUCCGGAAGUCGAGCGGCCUGAGAUAAGCGAGGUCGAUACGUACAGGCGAGUUAACUACACGACGGUAGAACCCGAGACGUAUGUGGACGCAGACAAGUACGCUGCCGGACCGCCCAUGCUGAUCAACAAAGUGGUCUCGCCGGGACCGAACACCGGUAAACCGGGCAUUGACUACCCAGCGUUAGCCGAGAUCCCCGAGACGAGCUUCAAGUGUAAGGAUCAACGGUACAAAGGCUUCUUUGGCGACCCGGAAACCAACUGCCAGGUGUGGCACUACUGCGAUCUGAACGGCGGAAAAGCCUCGUUCCUGUGUCCGAAUGGAACCAUCUUCAGUCAGGUUGCCCUGACGUGCGAUUGGUGGUUCAAUGUGAAAUGUUCGACGACGGCGCAACUGUACGUGUUGAACGAACGACUCUACAAGUACAUUCUGCCCUUCACACCCAAGUUCCCGGAGGACUACAGUGGACCCCUAGUGGAUAAAUACUUAGCCCUCAAGUUCCAGGAGAUGGAGGAGAAGAUGAAACAACAGCGUGCCAAAGGAGCAAAGCAGGGUUCGAUAGAGAUCCCCAACGCAGUGCCGGAAAAUGACGAAGUUAACGGCAAUACGCUGGAGGACAAUGACGAACGCUACAACCAGAAUCAGCCUUACCCAGUCAAGUAUGUCACCACGGAAGCCGCUGCUGAGAAAGUCCCGACAAUGCCAGCCUUGUCCAAGACCGUCGUAUCGAUGCCGAAAGCACCAUCACCGUCUGGCCAGAUCACGCUGGAGGACAUCGAUGCGGAUCUGCAACGGGGCAAUCCCCGACUUACAGAAUCCUCGAGCGCAAGCAGCACACUGGGUCCUUCGACUAUGAUGAGCAUGUCGGCGGAACUCGCGGACGAGGAAUCGCCCUCAUCGCCCACAAGCUUUAGGACAUCGUCCGUCCCCACGACAACCACGCUCAUCAUCGCAACCGAGGAUCCUCCGAUCGAUCCGUUCCACGUGGAAGCGAUGGACGAGCCGGAAGCGAGAGAAGAGGACGAAUAUGUGAAUGUGGUGAAUGCAAAACAGCCCACACACGCGCCUUUGAUACUCCACCCAACGGGGGCGCCCAUGUUGGGUAAGGUUCGACGAAUUGAAGUUAAAAAUGACGGCACAAGCGGCCAUCUGAUUAGAAACGCUAAUUACAACCGGAGAAGGAAAAAAUAA